CGUGCCUACGUCAUCGUCCUCCCCGUCACGGCGACGGCACGCGAAAAAAAAGGGAAACAUAAACUGCUACAAGAAGCUUGAGCCGAAGCCCGUCUCUUGAAUUAAGCCACUGGUAACGUCGAUAUAAUACAACCAAAUAAGUAUUCGUGUUCAUGAAUGGCUUUAAUUUAGCUAUCGAAGAUGGUGGUUGAACUUCAGAUAAGUUUGGAACGGAUUCAGCUCGUAAAACUCUGCUUAGGAGAAGACGGUUCCUGCCGGUUCGUUAGCUAGCUAGCUAGCGUUAGCUUUCAGAAUGGGCAAAUGAACACAGACAGAAAAUAUCGACGUACAAAUGACUGAAACCCGAGAGUACAGCCCCUCGAUAACGUGGCGGCAAACGAGAGUUUUGUGAGUGCCUUUUAGCUACACCCGUACCUCGUCGUUCCCGUUAACCGUUAACGCUACACGAUGAAGAACUGCGAGUACCAGCAGAUAGACCCGAGGGCGCUGUCGGUGUCGCCCUCGUCCGUCCAGAACCACACCGAGAAGAAAGUACAGCGAUUGCGGAGGAAAUGGGAAGUGUUCCCAGGGAAGAACCGCUUCUUCUGCGACGGGCGGAUCAUCCUGGCCAGGCAGAGCGGAAUCCUUCCCGUGACACUGGGCCUUAUUGUUGUCACUUGUGGCCUUUUCUUUGCGUUCGAUUGCCCUUUCCUAGUAACACAUCUGACCGUCUUUAUACCUGUGAUUGGUGGGGUUCUUUCCUUGUUUGUGGUCACCUCCCUGCUGAGAACCAGCUUUACAGACCCAGGCAUCUUACCCAGGGCCACCCCGGACGAAGCAGCAGACAUAGAGAAGCAGAUCGAUAACUCAGGAUCCUCCACGUAUCGCCCCCCUCCUCGAACCAAGGAGAUUCUCAUCAACCAGCAGGUGGUGAAGCUCAAAUACUGCUUCACUUGUAAAAUGUUCCGCCCCCCUCGGACGUCCCACUGCAGCCUCUGCGACAACUGUGUGGAACGAUUUGAUCACCACUGCCCGUGGGUGGGAAACUGUGUGGGCAAACGCAAUUACCGUUUUUUCUAUAGCUUCAUCAUCUCUCUGUCAUUUCUGACAUCGUUCAUAUUUGGCUGUGUCGUCACGCACAUCACGCUGCGUUCUCAAGACGGUAAAAGUCUUAUUCAAGCCAUUCAAGAAAGCCCUGCCAGUGUGGUGGAGUUGGUGAUUUGUUUCUUCUCCAUCUGGUCCAUUCUGGGCCUCUCAGGCUUCCAUACCUACUUGGUAGCCUCCAACCUCACAACAAAUGAAGAUAUAAAGGGCUCUUGGUCAAGUAAACGGUGUACAGAGGAGUCGGGGAACCCGUACAGUUACAACAAUAUCAUGACCAACUGCUGUGUGACGUUAUGUGGGCCGAUGCCUCCGAGUUUGAUUGACAGAAGAGGUUUCCUUCCUCUUGUUGCGGCAUCCCCUGCUACAGAGACGGAGCUGCCUCCUUUCCCGGUCAAGAACGACACAAACAUGGAGGAGACCUGUCAGGACUUUGCUUUGUCCUGCACAGCCUGAAGGGCGCUGCUGCAUGUAGACGGUCGAUGUGCACUAAGAGCACCAAGGACGUGCUGGAGAGGCUGGUUCGCUCGCUCGACUCCCGUGGCCGGUGCCCUCCCGGCGCUCCAAAGACGACCCCCGUGGCCGUAGAGAUUUCCGCCGCGGCAACGCCUCCCGCCGAGCGCUCACCGCCCACCGGUUGCUCUCGACAACACGCCGGCCGGCACACGGCGGCGGCUCCUUGCCCCCCGUUCGCCAGAGGCCGCGAGAGGAGGGACUCUUUUCAGUCCAGCAACCCGGCCUUCCGCCUGGCUUCGCCCUCCCCGUCGCUGAGCCGCACCUUUAUUCUGGGCGAGGCGCCUGACGUCGGCUUCAUCCCGCCACCCUGACAGCGACCACACAGCGCUGCUCUGCCACCAAUGCGGGUUUUUGGUUUUUGCAUCAUGGUGGUCAUGCUGUGAGUUGCACCUGGGUUUCAUUUUCCUUUUCCUUUUUUGUAUCACCAAUGUCGUACUAAACUAUACGCGUCCUUCGCAGUGAAGGGAAAUCUUAGUAAUACUUUGAAGCACAAUAGAGAUAUUUUUUAACCACCUUUUUAUUAAGACACCCAGAACAUGCCUCCACACCUUCCGCCACAGGGUUUGAGUUCUUGCAAAUAUUUUAUGCAGACAGACGUUUCGAAUUUACUGAACAGUGAGCCGUUUCAGGGUUAUCAACUCCAAUGUUGGCCUUACGACAUAUCCCAUCAUUUCUCGUCAUUUUUACCUACAUCACCUCAAUAUCAUCCGGUGGAAGCAGCUUGACGGGGGUUUGCAUUUUUUAUUACAUUAGUAAAGUUUGCAUUUCCAGGUGUUGCUGUAUUUUCUAGUCAGUUCUGCAUGUUUAUAUCAGUGAAAUGGUCAGUAUUCUUUCUUUAGGGGUCUUAUCAUUGAAAGAGGCCAUGUAAAAAUGGGCAAAAGUGAGUGAAUUGGUCCAGACAUCUUUUCACGUGUGACUGAUACUAGUUAUCAAGUAGUUCCUUUUGAUAUUUAAUCAUUUCCAUAUUUGUGUCACUUGCAUCAAAAUGUGCUGCCGCCCACCAGGGCUUAGAUUGCAGUAUUUAUGUCUGACACACCUUUUUCCUAUUAAUGUGCUUUACUGUGAGCUGUCUGUUUGUUUUCUCGCUGAGGUCUCGCCACAUGCUGGUUUCCAUAGCUGUGACCUCUUGGUCUCCUUUACUGUGUGAAACCGAACCCUCUGUGUUGGUGGACAACAGCACUAGCAGAUAGCAGCAGAUAGUUUGUGCCACCAGGGGGCAGCGUGCGAGUACAGAUCCCCCAGUCAGAGGACAGUUGGAGGAAAGGCCUUUGGAUGGGAUAUUUAUUUUUGAGUGUUGACGCUGUACAAAGGUUGUGGGUUUGUGAAGAACAAUGGGGUCAUAGUUAGUUUAGUGGGUCGUUCAUGUAUCCGUCUGCUUCAAGGCCCGUAGGUUGAUUGUACAUUGUUUAUUUUCAAGCAGUGCUUGUAUGAACAAACUUGUUUUGUAUUUUGUAGGAUGUGACAGUGGAUCUGUAACAUGUGGUCAAUAAAAAAAAAAUAACGAUUUUUUGUUAA